AUGCCGUCGCGACGCCCCCAUACAAAAUCGCGGACUGGAUGUAAUAGAUGCAAAGAAAAACGCAUCAAAUGCGACGAGGCCCAACCAGUCUGUAGCGCCUGUGCCAGGUACAACGUGCCUUGUGUUCCGAAGCCGCGACCUUCCAGGGCCAAACCUGCCAGGGCAGCACAGUCGUCUAGCAGCCAGCCAUUAAUAUCGCCUGCACCGCCUAUACCGACACCAGAGUCCAGGUCUACGAUCACAAUCUGGGAAUUCGGUCUGCUCCAUCACUGGAUCCUCCACGUAGCGGACUCGUUCAACGUCAGCCCCGGGUUCUGCGAUGCCUGGCGCAACCAUGCCAUUAAAGACGCCGUCCAGCACGACUUCUUCCUGCACAUGAUCCUGAUGCUGUCCUGCCUGCAUCUAGCCCUAACCAAGUCGCCGUCAUUCACUGAAUCCCACCGCGCCUUUAUUCUAGAAGGCUGCUCGGUCGCAACGACGCGCUUCCGCAUCGAAGCAGGGAAUAUCAGUGACUCAAACUGCCAGGCUGUCCAAGCCUUCCCUUUCCUCCUCUCCAUCUACGCACUCGCGCUGGGGCAACUAGAUCGUGAGGAUAAAAGCGAAGAGGCGGUCCUGGAUGAGAUGAUCCAUAUCUUGAUCCUCAUCAAAGGCAACUCUCUCAUCCGCGACACGACCAAUCCCUGGAUGCAACUGCGCGGACUCGAUGCCUGGAUGGACGAAAAAGACAUCCUCCUCCACGACCCGACUGAGCUACAAUACGAUCUUGAUCUCUCGCGCGCACUCGGCGAUUUACAGCCAUGGAUAGACUCCUCCGAUGACGAGCCGACCGUUAAAGGAAGCAAUACGAAGGCCGUUGAGCUGUUCAAGGGCGCCCUUGACUUCCAUCUCAAAUUGAAUAUCCGGCCGCUUGCAUGGCCGAAUGUCAUUCAGAAUGAUUAUCUGGAUUUGCUCAGACAGCGGAACCCCAUGGCGAUGGUUAUCCUGGCCCACUACGCUGUGAUCCUGGGGCAGUGCAGCUCGCAGUGGUGGUGUUCUAACUGGGGAGUGCAGCUGGUGUCUGUUAUUGCAUCCAUCCUGCCGCAGAAGUACGCAGAGGCCAUUGCCUAUCCGCUUCGUAUGUUGAAUUUAAAUCCUGCGGAUACGACGCGAUGA